GAAACAUCUAGCGGCUUGUCUCGGGUAAUGAGACCUGAGGGCGGGCGGACGGGCGGGGAAGGAUGGGCGCGAGCGCGGAGCCCCGGAGCCUCUCAGUCGCCGGGGCCGGGCUCGCGUCCCCAAUGAUCGAGAAGGCGCGCUCGGCGCUGCUGCAGUCGCAGGAUGUAGAGGACACGGUGGAGACGCUCAUGUUACAUCCAGUGAUUAAGGCUUUCCUCUGUGGCUCCAUCAGUGGGACCUGUUCUACGCUCCUCUUCCAGCCUCUGGAUCUCCUCAAAACCCGUCUGCAGACCCUGCAGCCCUCAGACCUAGGGCCCAGGCGUGUUGGGAUGUUGGCUGUGUUCUUGAAGGUGGUUCGCACAGAAAGUCUCCUGGGCCUUUGGAAAGGGAUGUCUCCUUCCAUCGUGAGAUGUGUCCCUGGAGUGGGAAUCUACUUUGGCACCCUGUAUUCUUCAAAGCAGUAUUUCUUGCGAGGCCAUCCUCCCACCGCCCUGGAGUCGGUCAUCCUGGGCAUGGGCUCCCGCUCUGUGGCAGGAGUCUGCAUGUCACCCAUCACAGUGAUCAAGACACGCUAUGAGAGUGGGACUUACAGCUACGAGAGCAUCUAUGCAGCCCUGAGGAGCAUCUACUGCAGCGAGGGCCACCGUGGCCUCUUCAGGGGCCUGACAGCAACUCUCCUCCGUGAUGCCCCCUUCUCAGGGCUCUACCUGAUGUUUUACAGCCAGACCAGGACCACAGUGAUGCACAGCAAAGCCCAGCUGGACGCUGCUCUGAUGCCCCUUGUUAAUUUCUCCUGUGGGAUAUUUGCUGGCAUUCUGGCUUCACUGGUGACUCAACCUGCAGACGUGAUCAAAACUCACAUGCAGCUCUCCCCAGUGAAGUUUCAGUGGAUUGGCCAAGCGGCCACUCUCAUCUUCAAGAACCAUGGGCUACGUGGCUUCUUUCAUGGCAGUGUUCCCCGGGCCCUCCGUAGAACACUGAUGGCCGCCAUGGCGUGGACCGUCUAUGAAGAGAUGAUGGCCAGGAUGGGCCUGAAGUCCUGACGAGAGAGGGCUGGUUCCUGCCAUGGGCUGCUGCAGCUCACUCCCGGAGUCAGGUGAAGACUGCGCUGUCUGAAGAGCCAGGCACAAGUGCCAUCGCCUUUAGUCCGGAAUUCAGAGAGUGGCUGGGUGGCUGGAGCCAUAGGUGUGGAGUUGCCAGUACCCAUCGCUUUGUGCACACUUCCCAUCAGUGCUGCGUGGCUGGAAGUCGAGCUUGGCUGCUCACAAGGCUACUUGAGAGGAGGUCUCUGCAAGGUCGCUGCUUCAGCCACCUGCCUACUUUACAGGGCGCCUUAGAAUGUUGGUAAUGAAGGAAUCCCCCAGUAGAGAAGGUGUGGGCCUCCUGCCAUGUCUGAGGACAGGAGUCUCAAGUUAGGGAAGACUGGACCUAAGAGAGCUGAGGUGGGCCAGUGAGAUGCCUCAGCAAGGAAAGGUGCUUAACAGAGGCUGCGUUGGCUCCCAGGACCCAUAUAGUGGAGAAUUGCUGCAAGUUGUCCUGACUUCCUCACACGCACUGCGGCAAGCACCCGGACCCAAUAAACAAAUAAAUGUAUUACUUUUUAAA